GGGUGGAGGCUGCGUCCCAUGACGGGGCGGGACUCGGUCGCUGCCCGGAUGUGGCGCCGAGCCCGUCGAGCCUGCCCAGCCCAGCGAGAGACGCCAGGGAGGCUGCCAGCUGCGGUUGAACGGCGCAAGGAGAAGACCACUUUGUCCGGACUCCAAGGGAAGAAUGCAGACGAUCAAAUGUGUGGUUGUGGGAGAUGGGGCAGUGGGUAAGACCUGCCUCCUCAUCAGUUACACAACGAACGCCUUUCCUGAGGAGUACAUCCCCACUGUCUUUGACAACUAUAGCGCCCAGACGUCUGUGGAUGGCCAAAUCGUCAGCCUGAACCUGUGGGACACCGCUGGCCAAGAGGAGUAUGACCGACUGCGAACGCUCUCCUACCCCCAGACCAAUAUCUUUGUCAUUUGUUUUUCCAUUGGCAACCCAUCCUCUUAUGCCAACGUGAGGCAUAAGUGGUACCCAGAGGUCUCCCAUCAUUGCCCCAACGUACCUGUUUUGCUGGUGGGCACCAAGAGGGACCUGCGGAGUGACCUUGAGACGGUGAAAAGGCUGAAGGAACAGAGCCUAGUGCCCACAACCCCUCAGCAAGGCACUUCCCUGGCUAAGCAGGUCGGGGCUGUGAAGUAUCUGGAGUGUUCGGCCCUGAUGCAGGAUGGGGUCCAUGAGGUAUUUUCGGAAGCUGUCCGGGCUGUGCUUUACCCUGCCACAAAGAAGAACACCAAGAAGUGUGUCCUCUUAUAGCUGCCAGGGUGCUGCUUGGGGACUGCACCUCAAAAGAAUUGGGGGUGGGGGGUGUGAUCCCUUUGACAGCAUUUAACAGUGCCAGCAUGAGCCAUUUCUCUCUUCUGGAAACCCUAGACUCCAGGUUAUUCGGCUUUUGGAGGAAUGAAGAGAGGCGAGUUUGUACCUGGUGGCUUCGAUGUUUGGUCUGAAUCUCUUAGAGGAAGUUUGAGAGCGUGUGAGUGUGCGUGUUUCCUGUGUCAAAGCCGUAAGAGGAGACGCCACCAAGUGCUGUUCUUUUCUGUCCUGGCCAGGCCACGACUGAGCAGAGCAGCCUCGUGCUGUUUUGGAGGCUUCUGCUUGGCUAGUUUUUAAAUCCAAUUUCAGCUUCCCUGGCUGUAUUUACCAUUGAACGAGUGCCUCCCAGAAGGACACGUUUCUCCAAGUUUUCAAAUCAUUGCCUUAAACUUUCUGCCAUAUUGAUUUCUGAAAAGCAUUUUAUGUAUGAUUCCUGGGUGUUUACCAGUGUUGACAUGUUCUUUCCAUUCUUGAGAUGAGACAGUUUUGCAAUAAUGGUUAAGCAGCAUUUUUCAGAGUUCUAGAUGAUAUGGCAAUAGAUGUUUCUUAAAAGGGUUCCUAUGGUCUAAUAAGGCAGGAAUCAGUGAUUUAAAUAAUGCUGAAUAGGUUCUUCUACUGCAGGGAUGUAUAAUUUUAGUAAGUAUGCAAUAUUUCCCAAACUUAUUUCAUUGAACUUUUUUGUUUUGGUCCCAUGUGACACCUAUUAACAUCUUUGGGAACACAGGUUCAGAGAUGCCGGGUUAAAAGGGUCUAGGAAUUCCCAGGGAGGAGACUGUGAAGAAAAAAAGCAUACGUGGUCCUGUUCUUUGUGAUGUUUCCCUCUUCAUGCCUUUGAGAGGAAUGCUUCCCAGCCACGGACUUGUUACUGGUUCCUCUCCCAUCCUCAGGAGGUGGGUUUGGCACUUAAGUCACGAUAGCGCACUGGAUGUGGGAUCUGAUGUUCAGCUCUGCUGUCUGAUUCUGCUAGCACUAUGGGCCUGGUAACGUGGAAUUAACAAUCGCUCUGAAAAGCUGUGUCUCUGCGGCUUCUGUGUGGCCCCUUUUUUCUGUCACCUUCUGCUUUAAGCAAAGACCACUGAAGACUAACCCCCUAAAUAAAACCAACCAACCAACCAGACGUCCUGCCAGUCAUGGUCAGGGGGUUCUAUGAUUCCCUGAGACUUCUGAUGUCAUUCCUUGGAGUCACUCUAAAGGCUACCUUGCUCUCUUCCUGUUCCUCCCUUCUCUCUACAUCUCCGUGUGUGUGUGUGUGUGUGUGUGUGUGUGUGUGUGUGUCGUUCCACCCUGUGUGCCUUUUGAGGUCUUUUCGUUGCUCGAAGAGACUUGGGGUACGUUGGGUCUCGAGACCACAGGGCUGUUGUCCCCCUCAUUGGGGUUUUGCUGGAGUUGCCCAGCCUGCCUUGGGGCUGUGGGAGUCAAGAGUCCACAUCCCAGUGGGCCUGCUGCCUUUUCUCCCUAGUUGUAUCUUUGCCCUUCUUCACGUGCUACAGAAGGAAAACAACUUCUCCACCUGGCAGAGAGUGGUUGGCAGCUCCUAUGUGUGCACAGCCUCUCACCCUGCCAGAAUAGCAUGGGAUUGAGAGUUUGGGAAAUGGAGCGGAAAGGAUCACAUACCUCCCCUUGGGGUAGGUGACAUGUCUGUGCUUUGCUCUGUGAUGGUCUUGCCUUUGCUCUUUGAUGAGAUAUGACCAGAGUAACCUCAGGCUAACUGAUCCUCCUGGAUAGGGUUGCCAGAUAAAAUAAUUUCUUUGAAAUUUUUUUUUCAGUGUAAGUAUGUACCGUGUAGUAUUUGAGACAUACACUAAACAAAUUGUUUGCCAUUUAUCAGAAAUCACAUUUAAUGGGUGCAUCCUGCCUUUUUAUUUGCUCAAUCUGGCAACCCUACACUUGGAUAAUCUGGAACCUGGAGGUCAAGCAAGUAUCAAGUCUUGAUAGAAGAUACAAGGUUAUGUAAAUUCUCUCUUCCUCCUAUUCUUCUGGUUUCCCUUUUCCCUCAGAUUGGCCUAAAGUGUUUGGUUUUGUUUUUCCUUUGUCACUGUGCCCUCCACUUCACACAGUACUUCACUGGUGUAUACUUCUACACCGAUUGUCUAAAGCUGCAGAGAAGCUGGGAUGAAUACUCUUGUCCAGCAUAUGCCUCCUAUCUCAAUGUCAAUGUACUGUCUCUCUCUUCUGGCGUGUGACCCAGGGCCUCCUGUGGAAGUGGCAGAGAUUCUAUAUGAACAGUGUGUUAACUGGAAGAGGGUGAGGUUGGCCCAGUAGCACUUCGGAAAGUGGGGCUCCUAUUAUAGUCACAUGGCCACCGUAGGCGUCAACUGGCCUGUGGGCAUGGUGCCCACUGACCACAGGCAGCUGAAUGAAAGUGUCUUCCAGUCUCAGGAUGUUCUGAUUGAUGCCACCUUGGGGGCUCACAGGACUUCAUGGUUGAAAGGAACUAGGACCAUGGCUGUCAUCUGUGUCUCUGGGACCUUUUGUUUAGCUACUGAAAUCUUUUAAGUUGGCUUUCAAUUGAAUAGUGCCUCCUACUUGCCCUUUGCUUGGCAAAUUCCCAAAUGUAAGCCUGGGUGUGGUUUGGGCAACUUGUGUCCUCUAAUAAAUGGAGGUGUGAUCCACAAGUCUGAGAGAGUGGUUUUGUAUUGGACUGAUUUAAUGGUUCUAAGCAUACACUGACAUCCUGGUUUUUAUACUUAAAAGAAAUUUGUAUGAAGACUAACAUGCUAAUAUCACUUUUAAGUUAUUCAUAAUGAAUGAUAAUAAACUUUUCUGAUUUUA